UGUGUACACACGCACAGCUGAUUAAUAACUAAGCCGAACAGCUGUUUAUUUACCUCGGCGUUGAUUACAGUAGGAAAAUGGAUGACGUCGCCAGCGCGCAAAGCGAAAAUGAAAAUUUGCGUAAAAUUCGUAAUCGUUUAAUGAAAUGGGAAUCCCAGAGCGAUCCACUGGCAGCGCUAAGCGCACAGCAGGAAGAACAUUUGGAUGUGCUCACCAAUUUAUGGAGCGACGACGAAAUGAUGGUGACGUCGGGGUACACGCGUACUGAAGUGCACAACACAGUGGAAGACAGUAAUGAGGUGGACAAGAAGCUUCCCCCCGACGGGUUGCAAAAUACAAAUGAUUUUCUACUCUGGUUUGUGAACGUCAACGCAGAGAUCGAGCUACGUGGCGAUGCAAAUUAUCACAAGUAUUUGCAGCAAUUGCAGCAACGGAAGGCGGAAUGUGCUCACAUGCUCGAUCAAAUCUCUGUGGCCAUGGAUCGAUUGAGUGCGCUUAGCGCUGAGUAUGAGUUUGUCUCGCAAAAAACAAGCGCUCUGAACAUGGCUAGCGAGCAGUUGAUUGAUGAGCAACAAAAGCUACAAGAGCUAAGCAAUGAAAUUCAGCGACGUUUGCAUUUCUUUAGUCAAGUGGAGCUGCUCAAUCAACGCCUGCAAAGUCCAACUUUAUCCGUGGCGAGCGAAGCUUUUCGCGAAUGCCUAAACAAAAUUGAUGACUGCUUGAAUUAUCUAGCUGAGCAUCCUAAUUUCAAGGAUGCAGCUGCCUAUAAUGUGAAGUAUAAACAGUGUCUGGGCAAGGCGACGGCUCUGGUGCGCAACUAUGUUGUGAAUGUCAUCAAUCAAGCAACGGAAGCGACUUUACAUCCACGUAAUAACAGCAGCGAUGCGUCUCUACAAGCACCUGAUGCCGCGUUCGCCUUAUACUAUGGCAAAUAUCAAUCAGCGGCUGCAAAAGUCAAGCGUGUUGCACAGCUCAUCGAGUCACGAUUGGAGCACAGCAGCAGCAGCGAAUAUAACCAGCUAAUGACAGAUUUACAGCAGCAUUAUUUGGCACAGCGAGCAAGUGUUAUGUCACCGGCUGUUAACCAAUCUAUACAAAAUGUAAAGAACGCUCACAAGGGCGAUCAUUGUUCGCUGACACGCAGUGCAUGCGCAUUUCUCGUCCACGUCUGUCAGGAUGAGCAGCGGUUGUAUUAUCAGUUCUUUGGCACAGGCGCCACGCAUCUAACUGUAUAUUUGGAGGGUUUGUGCACUAUUCUAUAUGACACCUUGCGACCUUUUAUUAUUCACAUCAACCACUUGGAAACGCUUGCAGAGAUUUGCUCCAUCCUGCGCAUCGAAAUGCUCGAAGAGCAUGUGCAACAGAAUCCCAGUGGAUUGGAGGCAUUUGCCACUAUAGCUCAUCAGCUGCUGCAGGAUGUUCAGGAGCGAUUGGUUUUCCGUGCACAUUUGUAUUUACAAUCCGAUAUACAAAACUAUAAUCCUUCAACGGGUGAUUUGGCCUAUCCAGAGAAGCUGGAAAUGAUGGAGAGUAUUGCGCUAUCGUUGCAAGAGCCUAUUCAACUACGUCGCUCAGACUCACGCGCCUCCAUGAUGUCCAGCGAAGCGGAGAGCGUGGACACCUCAUACAAAAUCAAACAAAUGAACUCGCCCGCUGAUUUGCAUGGCAUGUGGUAUCCAACAGUGCGACGCACAUUGGUUUGCCUCUCCCGGUUGUAUCGCUGCGUGGAUCGACCCAUCUUUCAGGGUCUGUCUCAAGAAGCGCUCAAACUUUGCAUACAGAGUGUGUCGCAAGCAGCGAUUAAAAUCUCAGCAGCCAAAACACCGAUUGAUGGCGAACUCUUCGAAAUUAAGCACUUGCUUAUAUUGCGUGAACAAAUUGCACCAUUUCGUGUUGACUUUACCAUCAAGGAAACAUCACUGGACUUCAGCAAGGUGAAGACGGCUGCCUUUGGUUUGCUGCAAAAGCGCAAGCAGCUUUUCUCCAUGGGCAGCAACAAUGCGCUGCUUGAAUUUUUGCUCGAGGGCACUCCACAGAUCAAGGAGCAUUUACUGGACUCGCGUAAAGAAGUGGACCGACAGCUGAAGACAGUUUGCGAACAGUAUAUUAAAGAUGCAGUACAUAUGCUUGUAGGUCCCCUUAUCACAUUCCUGGACAAAGCACAAGCACUGCUGGCAACGAACACCACAACUCCGGAGACCGCAGCGGGCAAAGUCAACUAUGUGCUUCGACAAAGUAACUGGGCGAGUCCACAGCAAAUUAGUAGCAUUAUCCAAGAGACACAGCGUCUAAUCAAGUCUAAGUUGGCGGUGCUGCAGCGUGCGAUGCAACUAUAUUUGAGCAAUCGUGAUACAGAGUUCAUAAUCUUCAGGCCUAUACGAAACAACAUCAUUCAAGCCUUUGUAAAACUGGAGCAAUUGCUGACAACAAAUGGCUAUUCAGCUGAUGACAUGAUAAUCACGAGCUGUCCUUCUGCCGAACAGGUUUCCAUUUUAUUGUCAAGUGCCAGCAUUUUAGCCGCCGAAGGCGUGGCAAGCUUUGCAGCCGCAGCACGAAAGAUAAGCACAUCAUCAUCUGUAGAAGGUGCAGCAACUGGUCGAAAGCUGAGCACCAUAUCCAACAAGGCAGAGCAAGCACAAGCUGUGGUUGUAGAGGAGACCGAAGUGGAGCCAGAUACUAAGCAGAACAUAAUAUCAGAACAACCAGAGAAUGUGUCUGUACAAAAAACAGUUAACGAGGGGCAAACUAUGGUGACCAGCACCGAGUAGUAUGCAAUAUAUGUAACCUAUGUAACCUUACCAUUACCCUCACCUAUGUAUGUAUUUAUAAAGCUAAAGCGAUUCAACAUGUAUAUUACAGUUUAUUCUACCCAAGUAGAGCUAAUCAAUCGAGCCAGUUUCUACAACCGAGCUAAGAGAUAUUUUGAAACCGGCUCGAUUUUGAAUUAUAUUUGCUAAGAGCAGCCUUAAGCAUGCAGAGAAUGUGACGAAGUCAAAGUAAAUUAUCAACAUUAAACAUAAAUUACAAACAAUA